CCUCUUAUUCUGACCUAGGUUUAUCCCUUUGUGCAAUCUAUCUCGUUAUAAGUUUUUGAUGUUGAAAUUGUAACUGAAUAACAAGAAAAUUUCAAGCACGACAAAAAUGACGAGGACGCAAUUUUGUCGCCGGCGCCGAGCGCUUUUUUCCAUCACCAGUAACUUUUUUCUCGUUGUCUGGUGCGUGGUUCAACGUGCUAUUUCGGCCCGUGCCACUACAGGUACUACAGGUGGUACAAAUUCUCCAUCGGGCGGGUUGGCGGAGCAAGAGAACGUUGUAGUCACGCACGACCUUACGGACAGCACAACCUCCUCUACAUCAUCCAGUGCCAGCAGUCGCCGCGGUCGUGGUCCGAAGAACCUGCUCAAGGAUGCAAGGUUGUAUGGACGUCGUCCAGAUGAACCCAUACGUGUCAAGCUGGUCCAAGGAUUCCAUGGAAAAGUACUCGUUGAGAAUCUUCUGGUUCCCGCCUUGGUCUCUGGUGAACAUUUUUUCUUUGCGUGUCAGGCUCAGGUCGCCCUCGUCCUCAAUAAGAACAAGAUGAAUAAUGUUGACGAUGUUGGAGGUUAUGCUUAUGGUCGUGGUGGCACUGAAGCAUGAGAUUGAGAAGAUGAAGGAAAAGGGAAUGUCGUGGUCGUCUCCGUCUUAGAGUUAUUCACGCCUUCUUCUGAAAACGACAUUCCCUAGUCGCCUAUAUUAGUACUUUUCUCAAUCUUCAGGAGUGGCGUGAUUCAUGUUGCUCAGGAGCAGCACGACCAGGAGGAGCCUUUCCUGAUAGAUGGCGCCACCCAGUUCGUGGUUGGCGAUCGCGUCUUGGAUCUCUCGAAAGGCCCCUUUUAUCAAAUCCUAAAGGGUGAACGUCGUGAGGACGAUCAUCUUCAUAACAAUGUUGAUGUGGUGAUCAUUCAACUUGUGAAACCUUCGUCUGCGGUACUUACACCGGAUAUGACGGCAUCACUUCCAGUUCCAGCCAGAGUUCUCGGUUGUAACAAACACGUGGACCUCCAAUCCGCUUUAAUGUGCCACAAAAAUGUUGAUGGAAGCAGGGGUCCUCGGCAGCUGCGACCAGGAAUCGAAUUGUAUCUCGGUGCCCGUUCGACACAACGUCCGCAACCAAUGCGGACGGACGGCUUUCUUCAUGAGGAGGAGCUACCCAUAACAAAAGUGACGCCGGAAAUUUGGGACGGCAAAUAUUUUUUGUCGAUCGCAGUAAGAGAACUGGAACAACCUUAAGGCAGCGAGGUGGUCGCUAAAGGUGCUGUUGGGUGUUCCUGUUAAUACCGUUUGUACUCGUACUGCCUUGAUUGUGUUUCCUCAACAGGGAGAAUGAGAAAGGCAGAUGAACAAACGGGUGGAAACAGAAACACCUAAGGGCACCACCAUCUUCAUCAAUUGGAACAAAGGUUCUGGUACAUGUUCCGCGAUCACCCAAAGGACUUGCCCUCAGCACACGACCGUCAACAUCGUGCUUUCCUGGGAAGCGAUGAAGGAGUAGAUCAUGCCAUCACCACAACAACAAGCAGGAUUGAAGUUGAUUCACCCGGCUUUUCAGAAAUUUCGAGGGUGGACGAGCAUGAUCAGAAAUUUUUGGAACAAGAACAAGAGGUUCCACCUCAUCAUUGGUUGCCUGGAAUGGCUUCUGUGAGCCCGCGAUACGCAGCCCUUCUCUCGUCUUUCUCAAAAGGAACGCUGGGACGGAUGAAGUUCAAGUCUCCUGCCGACUUCCUGCGAAAGUAUUUUCCGCCUACUGCCUACGAGGGCUACAUUCGCGUCGGCGUGCCGGAUCUGCUUGUUUCUCCUGAGAUUAAGGCUGUGGUCCAAAGAACCUUGUUACCAACCCACGUGGAUCCCGUUAUGAAGGACUGCGCUGCUGGUAGUACCUGGCGGAUUCUCGGGCUGUUGUUUUGAGGCCAGUUGUACUUCUGGGGCGAGUAUUUUUUUUAACGAGAUCAUCCAGCAUUCACGGGAUCAUGGGUUUUUAUAAAUAUUAGAGGUUCGUACUCGUAGCUCUAAUGAGAGUCCUUACCAAAUUCCACCUGAGGCGCGAUGGAGAGUGAUGCGCGUCGUCUUGGACCUUACGGAGGCAGGAGUCCCACCUGCUUACCUGGGACCACCCACAGAUUUUUACCACUUUUCCAUUCGUAUCACUAUGGAGGUACUUGACUCGUCUGAGCACGUGGUCCAGGGCGGCACGACCAGUGCUGGGAAAAGUCACUCCUCCUCUAGUACCAGUACUACAAGAUCUUCUACUUCGCAACACCACGAAGAUGGCCAACAUUUAGCAGUGAUCUUAACUUUCCACUACGAGAGCAUUCCGAUUGAAGAAGGAGGUCGUCUUCAACAAGGUCCUUGGCAAAGGGGGUCUAUGGGUAUGGGAAGAAGCGCAUGA